AUGACUAUCGUUGAGGUUACGGAGAAAGUUAAAGAAACGUUUGACGGCGUGAGUACCAACUUUGGCGGGUAUCUUUCGACUACCCAGUCGUUGAUAGUGGUCUUCUCACCGGCAUUCUCUGCAGGGCUACUGGUGGCAGAGGUUCAGAAAAUUAAAUUGAUUUUACACGACAAACUUUAUUUGGAAAGAGAUCAGAAGCACGCCAAAGACAUCCAGCGCUUCAUCAGCUACAUCGAGGCCCGGCCGCUCCGGUUCACAGUCUGCAAGGUCAUCCCGCUCGACUGGACGCUGCCCUUCAUCGUGUGCAACUUCUGCGUCACCUACAUUAUCGUCUUAGUUCAGUUUACGCACUUUUAUGCAUUUGAAGAGGAAUGGUGCAGCGAGUCUGACUGA